AUGGGGCUGCGCAGUGGGGGCAGGGACGGAGGAAGGGAGCGAGCAACGAAGGUGAGGGCAUGGGCAGUGGCAGAAGAGGAGGAGAAGGAUGAGAAGGUGAGGGAAUGGGCAGUGGCAGAAGGGGAAGAGAAGGACGAGAAGGAGGAGGCGGGAGGGUGUGAAUUUGUAGCAGCAGGCACUGAAGGGAAGAAUGAGAAGGUGAGGGAAUGGGCAGCCACAGAAGGGGAAGGGAAGAAUGAGAGGGAGGGGACCUGGGCGUGCGUACCAGCAGCCGCGGAAGCAGAGGAGAAGGACGAGCAGGUGGGGGCAGGAGUGAGCGAACUUGCAACAGGAGAAGUAGAAGAGAGGGACGUAGAGGCGGCGGCAAGGCCGUGUGUACCAGCGACAGCAGAUGCGGAAGGGAAGGGCGAGAAGGAGGGAGCGGUGAAGAAAGGAGGGAAGAAGGAGCCGAGCAGUACAGACAUGGGAGGGAGUGGUUGGCAGCCAGCGCUAAGGACAGCGGAGUUGUUCGGGGAAAUCAGGGCAGGGGCAAAGACUGGCGUGACAAUGGAGGAUCGGAUGCAAGCAGAGGAGCAAGCGCAGGGAAACAAGCUGGCGGAGCAGCAUGUGAGGAAGCUGCGGGGAGGAAGGCCAGAGCUGCUGGGGGAAGCAGAGCAGGAGAGUAAGGAAUGGCUGAGAACGCAGAAGGGAACAAGGGAACAGGAGUGGGGACAGCACAAGGUGGGGAAAGGCCAGAAUAAGAAGGAAGGGAAGAAGGUGAGGACAGAAGGCAGGGAAGAGGCAAGGGCAAGAGACGAGUGA